UUGCCGAAAUGGUCAGGGCAGGUCUCGACGAUAAGUCCAGCUCUGAUGAGCUCAAAAAUCACGGCAGAGACGAGGAUGACGGAGUUCCUGAAUACGAGAGGCAGAGACUAUUGAGGAUUAAAGAAAACAGAGAGCGAUUGGAAGCCCUGGGUUUGCCCAUUCUCACUUCUAACUUGCUGAGUUCCGUUAAGAAGCAGUCCAAGCGGAAGGGGAAAGGAAAGAAGUCUGAAGACGACGAGUACCAACCGUCAUCGGAUGAAGAUAAUGGAGCGAGUACUUCGAGCGAAGAGGGCAAUGAAGAGGAAGAUGUCAAGGUUGGAGAUGAUGUUCCUUCUGGGUCUUCCCGAGCUUCCACUCGUAAGGGAAAUAGUAAAAAUUCUUCUAAGACUGGAAAAGCUAAGAAAAAAGACACUUUUCAAAAGCAUGCGAGUAUUACAAAUUUCAUUGACGAUGAUGCAGCUCUACAGAAGGCAAUUGCACUUUCACUUGAAGGCUUAACAGAAGUCUCAGAUAUGGAGAGGAGAGAGAGCCAGAUUCAGGAGGAUGCUGGAAAGAAGAAAAGAAGAAAAAUGCAUACUGCCCGAGUGCAAAUGACUGAGGAUGAAGUGAUAUUAAAUUUCUACCAAUUUGAUGAAGCAGGUAAAGAUAGAAUAACUGUGAGGGAUUUGCAAAGAGUAGCAAUUGCUCAUGAUUUUACUUGGACGGACAAGGAGAUGAUGGACAUGAUCAAUUCCUUUGAUAGCGAUGGUGAUGGAAAGCUCAGUCUGGAGGAUUUCAGGAGGAUUGUUUUAAGAUGCAACAUGAUACAAGGCUGCAAAAAUGCUCCGAUGGGUUCAAAGUCAUGACAAGCUACUUGGACCAUGUUGAAAGGUGCAAUCAAAAGCAUGCUUGUCUCAUAUAAGACUUUUCAGAAAUUUCCUUCAGUGGAUGGUUUGAUACAGCUGAUCAAUGUGCCAAGAUGGUAAAGGUAAAUAGUUAAGAGUAUGUGAAUCUGAGAGAGAG